CGCCAUCUUCUUUAACGACUUUUAAUUAUAAUCGUUAGAUAAGAAAAGGAGCAGAUAGGCAACUCAAAAUACAUCAAAAUAUUUUUCUAACCUAUAAAUAACCAGUAAAAGUAAAUAAUUCUAUUAUUUCGUAUUUAAACGAAAUUUGACCGUAAAAUGAAUGAAGAAAAUGAUCCGAUAAGAGACCCCGAUUAUCAACUAACCGAUUCAGUUAAGCACCAGAAAAAGAUACGGGAAGAUCUUGAAAAUAAGCAAAUGAUAAAUAAAAUUAAAACUGUAAUAAGACGCGAAUUUCAAAAAGAACUGGAAACCCGCGAAAAACAGCUUGAAUUAAUUCAACAACGACUAACUAAAGCAGCAAAAUCUUUACACCUAUUACGUUACUGUUUAAUAACCAGUUAUUACAACAAAAAUGAAUUUCAAGUUAGUAGCAGUAACGAAGACGUACCUUUUAUUGAUAAACAAAGUAGAAUUCAUCCAGCUGUUAAAAGACUAUUAGGAAACAAUUCUGAACAUAUCUACAGCAAUUUAGGACUUAGAAAGAAAAAACAUAGAGAAUUUAUUGUUAAAGAAGAAAUAAAAAACACUACUGAUAUUAAAAUUGAGAAACCCCUUAAUAUCGAGGUUAAAAAUGAACCAAAAAAAGAAGAGAUUGAAACACUUUCUAAUGUAAACUUAAUUCGUAAUAGAAAACUUUAUAAACAUCAAAUUGUAAUUGGUAACAUCUCGAAAUGGGCUCCAUCAGAAUCACCUGAAGAUAGUUCAACACAUAAAUGGAUGGUUUAUAUUCGAGGACCUAAAGAAUACCCUGAUAUAUCUCAUAUUAUUCAAAAAGUUAUUUUUAAUUUACAUCCUUCUUAUAAACCAAACGAUGUUAUUGAAGUAAUGAAAAGUCCUUUUCAUUUAUCUAGAAGAGGUUGGGGUGAAUUUCCUUUAAGAGUACAAUUAUUUUUUCAUGGCGAAUUAAAUAAACCUGUUGAUGUUAUUCAUAAUUUAAAAUUAGAUAGAACUCGAACUGGAAGACAAACUUUAGGAAAUGAAACUAUAAUUGAAUUAUCACUUUAUGAUAUGAAUAAAGGAGAUAUGAAAAUACGUAAAUUAAAUGGCAUUUGCGAAAAAACGAAUCCAGAAGAAAUUCAAGAAAAUAAAGGUGAAAUAAUAAUAAAAGAAGAGGUACCUGAGGAAUUAAGUGCUAAUGAUGAAUCAAAAACUAUUCAAAUCGAAAUUAAGAAAGAAAGUUUGUCAGAAUGGGAUUUAACAACUUAUAUUGAUUUUGAACAUAAUUAUUGUCAAAAAAAUAGCGUUGAAACCGAAAAUUCUGCGAAUUCAAACGAAAUAUCAAAAGAAAUUAAUGUAGUACAACCGAUUAAUGGCGGUUUAAUUGGGAAUAAGAAUAAAAGGAAAUUACCUGUUUUAACUUUAAAUCCAUUGUUUAAUAAACGAAUAAAAACCGAGUUUUUUGAAGAUCCUGAAAACGUGGACAUGGAACGAUACGAAAUCAAUUUAGAUUUAUAUAAAUUAAAAAAUUUGGAUCAAACUCUUAUUGUGUUAUUUAAAAAGUUACCUUUAGUUAACGAAGUUGCUCAAUAUGGAAAUUAUAAAUGGAUGUAUCCAUUCACUGCUUCUUCUGUUGCUGAAUUUACAAAUUGGAAUGUUGCUAAACAAUUUUCAUCAGAAUGGGCGAGAUCUCAAUUAAUCCGAAAAUUAAUUCAAUCGGCAUUCAAAAUCCCAUCAAUAACCACAAAAAAUAUUCUCAAAUUUGGUAGAGCACAUGGUUUCACAUUUCCAUUAACAUACGACGUUUAUCCUACGUUUAACCAAAAAAUCUUGGAUUAUAGCCAAUUUAAAACCGAUUAUGAGUGGAAAAAUUUAUCUUUUGAAGAAGAAACGCACAUUGACAUUAUCGGAAAUUCUAGUAAUAAACCCAAAAGAGAGGAGGGAAUCUUAAUAAAAUGGACAGAUAAUUUUAAAGAUGAACGUUCGUUCGUUAAACAAACCGCUUUAGACGUUGGAGUUUUAUUAAAACAGGACCAAAUUAUUCCUGGAGUACUUUAUAGCACUUCUGAGAGAAUUAUUUACGAAUGUGUUAAAAGUUUUGCAGAGGAUUUAAUUAGAAGAUCGUUAUGUUGGGCUGUUACAAAUGAAAAAUUUGACAAUGAUAGUUUAUUGACACCAUCACACAUCAUUAAAGGUUUACAUCACAGGAAAGAAUUCAAAAAAUUAUUAUCAUUUAAUAAAGACACUUUUAGAUAUUAAUUUAUUUAAUAUACAAAAAAAAAUAAAGACACAUUAUGUGUAAAUACUUUUAUAAAAAAAAAACGCAUGAAAAGAACUUUUUCUAUAUAUUAAA